UCUCUCGUAUGUUUGUGUGCGUAUAUCAACAAGGAGAAGCUUGUUUAUAAGGACCGCUAAAAUAUUAAAACUAUUCGUAAUUUUUAAUAUCGCCGAAAACGCACAUUAAUUUUAUUACCUAUGUAGGUAUUUAGUGAUAGUCUGCACUAGAUUCAUUUUUGAUUAGAGCCUACUGCAUUUUAUAAGGAAGAAUAAAGCGUAAUAUUUAACAAAAAGCUAUGGCAAAUCAUACAAUACUGGAUAAAACUGUAUCCAACAAAUACGAUUCCUUACCCCAACCAAAAGACAAAUUCUUAGCCACGUACGUUUGGAUUGAUGGUACUGACGAGAACGUAAGAGGAAAAACUAGAACACUUGAUAAAGUUUCGUAUAGUACUAGAGAUUUUCCAAUGUGGAAUUACGAUGGUAGUUCUACGUAUCAAUCUUUGGGAUCCAAUUCAGAUACUUACUUGAAGCCUGUGGCGGUUUAUAGCGAUCCAUUUACAGGAGGUCAGAAUAAAUUGGUACUUUGUGAUACAUACAAGUAUGAUAAAACACCCACGGAAUCUAAUAAAAGAUAUAGCUGCAAACAAGCAAUGGAAGCAGCCAAAGACUCUGAUCCUUGGUUCGGAAUAGAACAAGAGUUCACUCUUCUCGACAUGGACCAAAGACCUUUCGGAUGGCCGAAGCAAGGCUUUCCAGCGCCACAAGGCCCAUACUAUUGUGGUGUGGGAGCCGACAGAGUUUACGGUAGAGCUGUGGUAGACGCACAUUACCGAGCAUGCUUGUAUGCUGGUCUGAAUAUUUCUGGAAGCAAUGCGGAAGCUCUUUUAUCUCAGUGGGAGUACCAAAUAGGACCAUCUAGGGGGAUUGAUAUAGGGGACCAGAUAUGGAUGUCGCGAUAUAUACUGCAUAGGGUAGCGGAAGAUUUCGGUUUAAUCACAACCUUUGAUAAUAAGCCUGUGGAAGGUAACUGGAACGGUUCUGGUGCUCAUGCGAACUUUUCCACAAAAGCUAUGAGAGAAGAGGGAGGUCUUGCGGAAAUCGAAAAAGCUAUUGAAAAAUUGAAAAAGAACCACUUGAAGCAUAUUCAAGUAUAUGAUCCCAAGGGAGGAAAAGACAAUGAAAAAAGGUUGACUGGCCUUAAUGAAACAUCUGAUAUACAUACUUUUUCAUCUGGUGUAGCCGACAGAAGUGCAAGUGUGAGAAUUCCUAGAGAAGUGGCUGCUAAUAAGAAAGGUUAUUUUGAAGAUAGAAGGCCAUCAUCUAAUUGCGAUCCCUACUCUGUAACAGAGGCUUUAGUACGCACUUGCAUAUUAGAUGAAUAAAUUCAGUUAUAAGGCUAAUAAAUUAAUUAUAAUUUUUAUUAAUUUUUAAAUGUAUAUGAUAGAGGGAAUGUUGGAAAAAAAAAUAAUAGUGAGUGUAUUUCUUAUAAAAGUUAAGUGCAUGAAAGGUUGAGAUUUUUUAUUUUUUUUUGGGAAUAUUGUGCUACAUAGAAUAAUAAUAUAUUAUAAUAAAUAAAUGGUGUUUAUAAAUCUCUAGUUGAAUAAAUAAGUUAUUUUUAGUUACAA